CUUCAGCAGAAGGAGACGCUUUCAUUCUCGAAAGGGAGACACCACCCUGGUCCUGCCAAAGUAUAGAAAACGUUAAUCUGACCAAAAAUAUUUUAUUUUUGUGAGUCCUGUAACGCGUCAUCACACUUAUAACGCUGUUACCUGUCAGACAUGGCUGCCCAGUGUGUAACCAAGGUGGAGCUGACGGUGUCCUGUGAGAAUCUCCUGGAUAAAGACAUCGGCUCCAAGUCCGACCCACUGUGUGUCCUGUUGAUGAGCUCCUCUGACUCCAAGUGGUAUGAGGUGGGGCGCUCGGAGCAAGUCCAGAAUUGCCUCUGUCCAAAGUUUGCAAAAAAGUUUGUCAUCGACUACUUCUUUGAAAUAGUGCAGAAACUGAAGUUUGGGAUUUAUGACAUCGACAACAAAACCAUUGACCUGAGUGACGAUGACUUCCUGGGGGAACUGGAGUGCACCUUGGGCCAGGUUGUGUCCAGUAAAAAGCUGACCCGACCACUUGUCCUGAAGAAUAAAACCCCUGCAGGGAAAGGCACCAUCACAAUCAGUGCAGAAGAAAUAAAAGACAACAGAGUGGCGAAUUUUGAAGUUGAAGCAAGGAAACUAGAUAACAAGGAUUUCUUUGGGAAGUCUGACCCUUACCUGGAGUUCUACAAGCAGACAGCAACUGGAUGGCAGCUGGCUCACAGGACCGAGGUGGUGAACAACAACUUGAAUCCAACAUGGAAACCCUUUCGAAUCCCCCUGCAGUCUCUCUGUGGAGGAGACCUGGACAAACCUAUCAAAGUUGAGUGCUACGACUAUGACAACGAUGGCUCUCAUGAUCUCAUUGGAACCUUUGAGACCACAAUGACACGCUUCCAACAGGCAUCACGAACAUCUCCGGCAGAGUUUGAAUGCAUCAACAGUAAAAAGAAACAGAAGAAGAAAGGCUACAAGAACUCUGGUGUUGUGAGCGUGAAGCUGUGUCAGGUGGUGAAGGAGUAUAGCUUCCUGGAUUAUAUUAUGGGAGGCUGUCAGAUCAACUUCACUGUGGCUAUUGACUUCACAGGCUCCAAUGGGGAUCCCAAGUCUCCGCAGUCUUUGCAUUACAUUAGUCCUCAGGGCGUUAAUGAGUACCUCUCUGCUAUCUGGUCCGUGGGCAACGUCAUCCAGGACUAUGACAGUGACAAGAUGUUUCCUGCCUUUGGCUUUGGAGCCCAAAUCCCUCCUACAUAUCAGGUUUCCCAUGAGUUUCCUCUCAAUUUCAAUCCAUCAAAUCCAUUUUGUGCAGGUGUUGAAGGUGUGGUGGAGGCCUACAGGGUGUGUCUGCCCCAGGUCAAACUCUACGGUCCCACCAACUUCUCUCCCAUCAUCAACCAUGUAGCCUGCUUUGCUAAACAGGCUCUCCAGCAGACCACUGCAGCACAAUACUUUGUCCUGCUGAUCAUCACUGACGGAGUGAUCACAGACAUGGAUGAGACGCGCAGUGCCAUCGUCAACGCCUCCCGUCUGCCCAUGUCCAUCAUCAUUGUGGGAGUCGGGGCGGCGGACUUCGAGGCCAUGGAGUUCCUGGAUGGAGACGAUGGACGUCUGCGCUCCAUGACUGGCGAGGCCGCCAUGCGGGACAUCGUCCAGUUUGUGCCAUACAGGCAGUUCCAAAAUGCUCCUCGAGAAGCACUGGCAAAGAGCGUGUUGGCAGAAGUACCAGUUCAACUGGUGGACUUUUUCACCACCAUGAAGCUGAAACCACCCAAAUCCACUCCUGCAGCAGACCCGGCACAAAAUCCUGCACCAAACUCUGCAGGGACCAUCUGAUACUACAGAGCAGGAACCAGACCAAUCUCAUCUCCUGCACAUAUAAAGCAGAUCCAGCUUCAUCUCAUCACACAUUAGACCAGUGUGCUUCCUACACUUUUCUUACUCAACCCUUUUUUCUUCACCUUUAUGAAACCCCAGCACACAUUGUAUAUAUGCACCCAACACUAUUAUGCAUCGAGUAUCAAAAAUCAUCUUGCUUUUGUUAGAUAUUAACAUUCAAUAUCAUGUUGGCUGCAAUGCUACUGCAACUUAGAAAUGGAAACCAAACCUAAUCAUUCCACCAUUUAAGAAUCUGUGCUAGGCAGAACAUUGCACUUUUAAAAGAAGUAGUAUUACAAAACCAGCAGAAGGAUUUAAAACAGUUUCUCAUUGCAGAAACACUGCACUCAGUUUAAACUAGCCUGCUACUGUUCUUUAAUGCAUUAUAAGAGAGUGCAGCCUAAGACUAUCAGCCAUUUUAAUCAUGGCAUCUAUAAAUGCAUGGGAAACUGAUGUGACAAAUUAUAUAAUUUAAACAUGUAUAAUGUUUACAUCCUCGCCAAAUUAGCUGCAGCACUGCUAGUAGCAUAAAGAUGUACAUAGCUGAGUAGUUUUUUAUUUCCUGCAGUUUUGAUACAUAGACUAUAUUUGCAUUAAUGUUCAAUGUGCACAUGCUUCCCUAUGCACUUCCCCAUAUUAAUGUUUUACUCAAUGAAAUGCCAUAUUCUGUAUAAGUUGUCAACCUGUGUAAACUCAGAGCGAUAUGUACCUUAAAGUAUAAAUCUGAAGUAGUCUCAUUCAGGGUACAAAAUAAACACAAUCCACUAGUCAGAUGCUGGUGAAACAUGCAAGUGGCUUGUAUAAUUGUAACCUUUGCCUAGCCAAUAAGCCAAUGGACAGAAAAGUUAAAUUUGCACCCUUGUCUCUUUGUAAGUUUGGUUCAUCUCUCGUGUGUACUGGCCUCACCUCUCAUUUUCUGUGGUCCAACAUCGUGCCAGUUACUUUGCCUUUAACAUUAUAUUAGCAAAGACGCUGUUGGGUGGUUCCCUGAACAAGUACUAACAAGUCCUAGACUGAGGAAGUUUUUAUUCCAGUGUUAGUGGCGAAUUACUUUUGAUUUAGUCUAGAUUUCAGCUCUGUUCAGGAAACUGACCUUGUGGAGAUAUAUACACGUACAGGUUAUAAUCAGUAUUAAACAGGCUCUCACCUUAAGAACUUGAUGCAGAACUGCUAAUUGUAAUAUGUUCAUGUUAAGUGGAAAUGUGUCUAUUUCUGUUGUCAUGUAAUUGUUUUUAAAUGGUUUUACAUGAAAUUUAUGCCAUUAUGUGUAAUGUGCCUUAGUGUUAACAUAAGGUGCAUCAAGCUUGCUAAUAAAGCACAUCUUCUUUACACUU